AUGAGGGUGCACAGUGGAGAGGGACCCUUCCACUGUCUGGAGUGCCAGAAGAACUUUAAGACCAAAGGAAAUCUUCGAGCACAUAUGCCAGUGCACACGGGAGAGAAGCCCUUUGAAUGUCUCGAGUGCGGGAAGGCCUUCUGUGAGAAGUACACUGUGAUGAUGCAUGAGAGGAUUCACAAAGGCAUCAAACCCUGUGUAUAUCUCCAAUGUGGGAGAAGAUUCAGAGAUAAGAAAGCUGUCGCUGGCCAUAUGAGAGUCCACAAUUAUGAAACACCCUUCCAAAGCCUGGAGUGCCAGAAGAACUUCAAGAGCAGAGAAAAUCUUUGA